ACCGCUGUACGAGAACAUGUUUUCGGAUCAGCGAUUAUUCUCCGCGUAUCGUUUAUGAUACAUUGUUUAAAUGUGACAAUAAUAAGAGAACAAUAACCGGUAACGUUAGUUAGCGUCAACGAACACUGGCACAAUAACAGUCAUCGCGAGCAAGUACAUGGAGUAACGUUAGUGCAAAUUUGACCAAACUAAAAGAUGGUUCGAAAACACAAAUAAUAUGAUGUGACAAUUUGGUUUGAAACGUCAAACAACGAGCUGGAGGCCUUUUUAGCUUGUUUAUAUUACAAAGAAAGUAGCUAAGUUAAACUAUUCUCGGUUGGUUUAAGGCUUUUUAAGAAUCUGUUUACUCGUCAUUAUGUCCGAAGUCAUACACUCGUUUCAGUCACAGCUGUCCGGGGUCAUGGAGACCGUGUUUAAAGCUGCCAUAUUUGAAAUCACCCGUCUCGUGGAGGACAGUUUCGUGAAGGAGGUGUCCCGUAGUCGAGAGCAGGUAGAGACUCUGAAGAAAAGGCUUCAGUGGAGUGAGACCAGACGGAAAGAUCAAGAGACGAGUGUGAGGUGUGCAGAGUGUGACAAAGCCCGGGUGUGUGACGAGGGAAAAGAGGAAAUGUCAACACAAUCAGAAAAUGAACGGAGCCUCAAACAGGAGAAAGUUCCAGAUGGGAACUGGGGAAGCUGCGAGUUGGAGUCUGACACACUUUUGGGAAAAGAGAGGUUAGAAGUCCAAACCAGCACCAGUAAUACAGCAGAGUCUGCAAGCACAGAGGUCAGGAAACUGGACUGUGUAUUAAAAGAGGAGACCCUUUAUGUCACUGCCGCUAAUAAAGAGCUUCAGGAUGGGUGGACGGUGGAUACUGAAGGAGCUCAUUUCUCAGCUCACAGUUACAGUGAGCAGGAGCUGCAGCAGAUUCAGGAAGAGUGGAGCUCUGGACUUGAUCAGACCGCUGACAAUGAAGCUUAUGCAGAUAUUGUAGACAUCCAUGGUCUGACGUACCGAACACGUUAUGACGUAGAAGAGCAAGCAAGCUACAGUGUGCAUGAACUGGACAUGGGAGACCUGGAUGGUCUCGGAGAAAAAACCGAAUACAUGUUGGGUAAUUCAGUAUCGGUUGCAGUUGGGCCUGAUCGUCACAGCUCUUCCAUUAAGAGUAAGAGAGGAAAUAGAGAAUCUUUACCAUUGCAGGUCAGCCCAGAGACAGAAGAUGUGGAUAGGGACAUGCACUGUUUACUUAUUAAUGCAGAUGGCCACUUGCAAGACAUAAAUUCCUUCACAGAAAUUCGAAGUGGGGCUGCAGGAGGUACUGGACAUAGAGGACAUUCACUGUAUGUUGGGGACACAGCUAGUGGUGCAGUUUAUAAGGGACAUGCAUUGAAUCACUCUCUGAAACCUAAUGUUGAACAAGCAUUAGGAGACAGCAGGGCUUCUGCAAAAGUCACUUCAAGUGCUGCUUACACAUGUAACCAGUGUGGUAAGAAGUUCACUCAGGCCUGCAACCUAAAAGUGCACCAACGUGUCCACCAGCGGGACGGUCUCCACCUGUGCAGCCACUGUGGGAAAGGGUACUCGUCCUUCAGUGACCUGCGAAGGCACCGAUGCAGUCAGACCGGAGACAAGCCCUACACCUGCACGCUGUGUGGGAACAAAUUCAGCCGACUGUGGAACCUCAAGCUGCAUCAGCGUAUUCACACACAGGAGAAACCACACAAGUGCACUUUGUGCAGCAAGAGCUUCACCCGGGCCGACAUCUUGAAAGUCCAUCAACGUACCCAUACAGGAGAAAGACCAUACAGCUGUGGUAUCUGUGGACUGAGCUUCAAACGACUGGAUCAUCUCAGGUCACAUCAGCGCAAACAUAGUGCUGACCAGGACAAUCCAUAAAAAAAAAAAAAUUUACUUAAACUGCUGAAAGGUCAUAGAUCACAGAUUGUUGGAGGGCCAUACAUUUUCCAUAAAUCAUAACAUCGUUGCUGUGGAAUCUCCCAUUAUAGUUAUGUCUUCUGGAUAAUUUAAAUAGUUUGUUUUGAAAGGGAUAGUUCAACCAAAAUUGAAUAUGCAUUAUUUACUGUCCCUUAGGUAGUUUAAGUCUUGCAUGUCAUUCUUCUGUGGAACAUAAAGGAUUUUAUUUAUUUUUUUGUCUAUAUAAUCCGUUUGGUUUCCAACAUUCUUCAGAAUUUCAUAUUUUGUGUUUAGCAGAAGAAAUGAAGUAAAACAGGUUCAAGAGUAAAUGAUGACAGAAUAUACAUUUGUGGGUGAACUAUGCCUAUAAGUUAUGCUAUGGAUAAUGUGGCCAACUUUGCAUCCCUUAAAAGUUUGAAUAUUGUUUACUUGUGAUGCAGAGUGGUCAGAAAUUGUCACUUUUAUCUCCUUUAGAGCCUUAUUGUCUAUAACACUCAUUUUGAAAAAUGUAUGUAUUUCGGUUUAUUUUAAUAAAUCUACCAAACAUAUUUGAUCAAAUAU